AUGGUGCGGGCUCCCCUCCGGCUCAUGUCGCUGGUCUCGGCGGGUCUGGCCACAACCGGUCUCGGUGUGUAUGGGGCACAGUACUGGGACCCCAAUGACUUUGGGGUUGUUCGAAUUGGACGAGCUGCAUUGACGGUAAGUGAUUGCCUGGAUAGGAGGGUUAUAAAACAAUUUUUGGUAGACCAGCACUAUGAAUGCCAUAUCCCUGUUUUCCCACAGAUACACAGCCGCUCUGCCCGCCAUCUGCUGGACCUUUGCUGCACCAACCGGGGCACCUUCAUCAAAGUGGGGCAGCACCUGGGCGCCAUGGAGUACCUGCUGCCACCAGAAUAUACCCGUACCCUCAGUGUUCUGCACAGCCAGGCCCCGCCCACUCCGCUCCCAGAUGUCCUGCGCGUCAUCCGAGAGGAACUGGGGAAAGAGGCCAAUGAAGUCUUUGAGCGGUUUGAGGAGACGCCGUUGGGUGCGGCUUCUUUGGCACAGGUGCACCGCGCAGUUCUGAAGGACGGACAGACGGUCGCUGUGAAGGUUCAGCAUCCCAAGGUGCAGAAACAGAGUUCCCGCGAUAUACUACUCAUGGAGGUCCUCCUCCACAUUGUGAAGAAGAUUUUCCCGCAGUUCGAGUUCAUGUGGCUCAUAGAGGAGGCGAAGAAGAACAUUCCGCUGGAGCUUGACUUCCUGAACGAGGGGCGGAACGCAGAAAAAUUAGCGGACAUGGUCUCCAGGUUUCCCUUCCUCAAGAUCCCCAGAAUCCAUUGGGAGCUGAGCACCAAGCGGCUCCUGGUGAUGGAAUACGUGGAAGGUGGACAGGUGAAUGACAGGGAGUACAUGGAGCGCCAUAAGAUUGACGUUAAUCAGGUGUCUCGUGCUCUGGGGAAGCUGUACAGUGAAAUGAUUUUUGUCCAUGGUUUUGUUCACUGCGACCCCCACCCGGGCAAUGUUUUGGUCCGACAGAGUGCAGAAAUCGGAGGACCGGAGAUCAUCCUGCUGGACCAUGGAUUGUACCAGAAACUAACGGACACCUUCCGCCUGGACUACUGUCGCCUUUGGCAGGCGUUAAUUGCUGCGGACAUGGAGGGGAUCCGCAUAUACAGCCAGCGAAUGGGAGCUGGAAAUUUAUACCCCCUCCUCGCCUGCAUGCUGGCUUUCCGCUCCUGGAAGGUUGUGAAUCGGGGUAUCGAUCGCAGGCCGGCUACUAAGGAAGAGGCUCAGGAGAUUCGCAGGAAUGCUACGGCCUUCCUACCUCUGAUCAGCCAGCUUCUUGCCAGUGUCCCACGUCAGAUGCUUCUCCUCCUGAAAACCAAUGACCUGCUGCGUGGGAUUGAGACGGCCCUGCACACACGGACGAGUUUCAACUCUUUCCUCAGCAUGUCCCGUUGCUGCGUUCGAGCUCUUUCCAGACAUCGGAAGUCCUCGGCCUCUUCUCUCUGGUCCUAUACUCACAUCUGCAUCUCAGAGUCCGUGGAUCUGGCCCAACUUCAGCUCUAUGAGAUUUUCCUCUAUGCUCAGUCUACCUGUGUGGGGCGGUGGCUGUCCCGUCUCAUACGCUGGAUAUCCCAUACUGUAUACUGA